AUGACCAUCCACCGCGAUCAGCAGAAGUCCGUCCAAGCCGUACAGGCCGUCGAAGACCGUGUUGCUGAGCUCGAAUCAAUUCUACGAAGGGAGGGGAUUGGCAAAUACGGCCGCAAACGGAAAGAACGGACCGACAGCGAUGGUUAUACACGCGCUUCCUCGACAAUAGAAGUAUCCACCUCGAAACGGUGGCAGCCGUCCCCAGCACCGUCAGAGCAGAGAUCAGAUAGCUCAUCUCCAGUACCGAAGCGCAAACCAGUCGGCACAGUAGUAGAAAUUCUCCGUGAUCUCUCGAUAGAAGCAUCCGGAGGCUACAUUGGUGCCACAUCACAGAUCACUAUGGGUCGUAUGAUCAGUUCAAUCGUCCAAGCCAGAGAGUAUACCGUCAGCAAUAGCGCCGAAAGAGGCGGUGCUUGGGAGCAUCUAAGUCCCAAAUCAGCCAACACCGGACCGGGACCAUUGGGCGGUGGCUUCGACUUUGCCCAAGUGCCACCUGAAAUUGCAGACAAGCUCUUCAAGGGUUACAUUGGCCACAUUGCAACCAGAUGGCCCGUUUUACAGACGCCUUUCAUGCGCCUCCUCCACGCUGAGCGUCGUACGCUCUCUGAUGCAUUCUUCACCAGCGUCUUACAUCUCAUUUACGCCAUUGCAGGCAGAUUUCUGGAGACUACUGGCGAGACCGGCGACUUCUUCCCAGAGCAGCAUUACGACCAGGCCUUGAAGAACCUCGACGACAUAUUACGACUUCACGACAUCAGAUCAGUCCAGUUCCUGCUCCUUCUCUCCAUAUAUAGCCUACGAUCGCCCAGAGGCCCUGGACGGCCUUUCGCUAUUUCUGAUAGAGACAUUGAUAUUGAGCUGCCGUUGGACGUUGAUGAAGCAUGUGAAGAUCUAGAGAUUCUUGAGAAAGUGAGAUCAGAAGCGGCAUCAAAGCCGAAUAUUCCACCAACCAAGUCUACGUCGAUGACGGGUUUCAUCUACAUAUGCCGCCUAAGACAGAUUGAGUCAAACAUACAGCAGUCUGUAUACCGCGUUGAUCAGUCUGCUCCUGCCACAGAAGCUGAAGCCGAGCGAUAUAUUCAACAGCUGGAGGAUUGGAAGCAGCAGAUGCCCACUGAUGCGUCAUCAACGAACCCCGAAGGCAUGAUCGUAGAUGGACUCGAUAAUUACAUGGUAUACUACUAUAAAUGUCUACGGUUCCUUUUACACCCAGUUAUUCUUUCCCCCGAGUUAUCCGACACGAAAUUCCUGCGGAAAUGUGCCGAAGCCUGCGGUGGAGUGUGCAGGACGUAUAAGAAGCUGCAUCAGUCCGUGCCAGUGGGCUUCAGUGUCAUGGCUCUCCACUCCAUCUUCCUGGCAGGCCUCACCCUCAUCUACUGUGCAUGGGCAUCACCAAAAGAGGUGUUCUCUAUUAGCGCGAGUAACGAUAUGAAUGCAUGUAGCAUAGUUCUUUACAUCAUCACAGAGCGAUGGCCGGGGGCAAGAAGGUAUCGUGAUGUUUACGAGGCAAUCAAGCAGAUGGUGCUUGAAUCGAUCGAGGAAGGAGAAUAUGAACCACGCAGGGCUAUCACAAACCUACGGCCAGGUCUCCAUGCUGCCUUGAGAGCAAUUGACCAAGAUGAUGACGGGGAGUUCUCGGCAAUGGUGACAGAUAUGGCUGGCGGCUACGUACCUGCCGAAGAAGAGUUUCCGCAAGAACAAACCCCAAAUGGGGUCUUUGGCACUCCGGGAGCUCAGAACAGCUUCAACUUCACGUUACCUCUGGACGGGAUGCCUCUCGACUUUCACGAAUCAGAUUCUUUCAACGUCGAUGGGAUAUUCGCCACGCCCAGCAGCGAGUGGCUGGCAACAUGA